ACUUCAAACUUUGCGCUGUGCUGCGUGCGCAGUACAUUGUGUUCUAUUUUGUUCAGUUCAGUUCACGCGUUCAGUGUGUUAACCAAAGCCUAGUAUCAGAUGACAGCUUCAGCUUUCUAUGGUAACACGUAGAAGUCUGGAACAUCAGACACGGCAUUUGCUUUAAUUUUGUUUGAGAGGAAACCAAGCACCAAGGCUCCAGGCGUUUUUACCAUGGCUGCUGGUGUAGGACCCAACAAAAUAAGUUUACGGGAAGACCUGACUUGCGCUAUAUGUUGUGACCUAUUCACGGAGCCCGUGAUGCUGGGCUGUGCGCACCAUUUUUGCAAAGCGUGCAUCAGCAGGUACUGGAGGGGUACCCAGGGACCUGUUACCUGUCCCCAAUGUCGAAAAGUGUUCAACACCAAACAGUUCCAGACCAACUACCUGGUGACUGCCAUGGUGGAUAAAGUUCGAGCCAGCACCUCUGACAGCUUUGUCCAAAAAAUGGAGAAACAACUGAAAGACUCGCUGGAGGCCCAUCGCCUGAGGAGGGAGGAGGCUAUCAGCAGCAUCCGCAGAGAUGAAGACAAGAUGGAUGCCAUAAAGAGAGUCGGGGGGGAGCUGCAGGCGCGGGUGCAGGGGGAGUUCCUGGCUCUCCAGCAGCUCCUCCAGGACGAGGAGGCCCGCCUGCAGGAGCAGCUGAGGAGGGAGCAGGAGGAGGUUCUGGAGCAGCUGCAGCGCCACCUGGAGCUCCUCCAGAGCUCUGUUAAAGAGCUGGAGCACAACAUCACCGUGCUGCAGCAGGCCGCUGCAGCCUCAGACCAUAGCAUGCUGAUUGAGCUCCCACAGAUAAGACCUCCAGUGCACGUAGCAAAUGGGCCAGAGCUCGACAUAAGUGCUUUCAGCAGCAAAUAUGUGGCCCCAUUGCAGUACAUCACAUGGAGGAAAAUGUUCACUUCUCUAAAGCCAGGCCCUGCCCCAGUGACCUUUGACUCUGACACUGCCCACCCCAGUGUCCACAUCUCCAGGGACAAAACCCUUGCAAUAGAGUGUAAUGUCAUGGCACCUUACCCACUCAACCCCAAACGCUUCCUCCAGUGUGUCAACGUGCUGGCCUGCCAGGGCUUCCAGUCUGGGCGCCACUACUGGGAGGUGAGGGUCGGCAGCAAUCCCAAGUGGGACCUGGGGCUGGCGUCAGAGGGGGUGAACCGGCAGACCCGGGUCAAGCUGAGCCCAGAGACCGGUUACUGGACCCUGCGGCUCCGCAACGGAGACGAGUAUUGGGCUGGCACCCAGCCCUGGACCCGUCUGCAGCUCACUUGCGCCCCCCAGAGGAUUGGAGUGUUCCUGGAUUGCGAGGAAAGGAGAGUGUCCUUCUUCAAUGCAGAGAACAUGACUCUGCUGUACUCGUUCACCAAUGGGCCCAGGGGCACAGCAUUCCCAUUCUUCAGCCCUUGCAUCAGCAAUACCCGCCAAACACCCCUGCCUAUCCAGCUCCUCCACUUCCCUCCGGCCAUUUUAUCUGGCUAGGUCAGCUGAUGUCAACCAUGCCAGUUCUAAAUCUGCAUGACUGAGUGCACCUUGCCAAAUGAGAUUUUAUGUAGGAGAUUCUGCAUUUGUAUACCUAAUCAGUGACUGAAUUAAGUUGGCCAAUGUUGUAUUUGUUCAUUAAUAUCAUCGCCUAUAAUAAUCUUGUAAAUCUUUUUAAAUUUAUGUUUUGAUUACGGAAUUUGACCCUUGGGUGCCUUAUCUCACUACAAUCUUUUGUUUGAUCAGUCCUUCUUCUCUUUAAAUCAGGAAACGCACUUUAUGCACGGUGUGUUCAUUGUCUUGUUUGGUUCAUUGGUUUGAGGUCACACAUUCUGAAAAGUACGUACUUACUGUGUAGUUAACAUAAAGAGAAUCAUAAAUACUUAAUACAAAAAAAUGAAUGAUUACUCACUACUCACAAAAAAGAAUCAAUAUUGCUGUAAGAAAAUUAAUGAUAACUACCAACACAAGAAUAUUUUAUACUUAUGAAAAUGUACUGUUUUUAAAGGUAAUUUUAAGUUGUCAAAGCCAAAUCUUUGUAUCUUGCCAAUGAGAAUAAACAAUAAACCAAAUCACGUUUACCCAUUA